AUGGCGUCGUUCGAGGCUCUAUAUGGUAUGAAACGUGGAUCUCCCAUUGGGUGGUUUGAUAUUGGGGAAGAAGAGUUGAUAGGGCAUGACCUCGUGCAUCAAGCUAUGGUGAAGGUUAAGAUCAUUAUGGAAUGGUUAAAAACUACCAGAGUCAUCAAAAGUCCUAUUCAGAUACCGUACAGAGUCAUUCAUAGGAUUGGUCGGGUGGCUUACAGGCUUGAGCUACCUCCAGAGAUGCCCUUAGUGCACCUAGUGUUUCAUGUGUCUACUAUGUUGAAGAAGGUAGUUGGAGACAUGGCACUCAUUGUUCCGGUUGAGACUAUAGCGGUUAAUGAGGAAUUAAUGUAUGAAGAGAUUCCAGUUGCCAUUAUUGAUAGGCAAGUACAAAAGCUGAGAAAUAAAGAAAUUGCCUCCAUGAAAGUGCCAUGGCCAAACCAACAGGUGGAAGAGGCCACUUGGGAGGCCGAGGAAGAGGGGGAAAGGAAAUACUCUCAUUUGUUAGAAUAA